ACAGUUUUUCUGUUUCCUGUGUGUCAGCGUAAGUUUGAUGUCUUUUAUUUUGACAAAGUGCUUCCUGCGUUUCAGGGGAAGCCGUAUGUGUUCGACAGAGUUUUUCCUCCGAGCACUGAACAGAUUCAGGUGUAUGACACCUGUGCUAAGCAGAUCGUCAAAGACGUGUUGGGAGGAUACAAUGGAACCAUCUUCGCUUACGGUCAGACGUCGUCAGGAAAGACUCACACCAUGGAGGGGAACCUGCACGACCCCCAUAUGAUGGGGAUCAUCCCCAGGAUCUCCAGAGACAUCUUUGACCACAUCUACUCCAUGGACGAGAACCUGGAGUUCCACAUCAAGGUCUCCUACUUUGAGAUUUAUCUGGAUAAAAUCCGAGACUUGCUGGACGUGUCAAAAACCAACCUGGCUGUUCAUGAGGAUAAAAACAGGGUUCCCUAUGUGAAGGGUUGCACUGAGCGUUUUGUGUCGAGUCCUGAGGAGGUGAUGGACGUGAUCGAUGAAGGAAAAGCUAACAGACACGUCGCUGUGACUAACAUGAAUGAGCACAGUUCUCGCAGCCACAGCAUUUUCCUGAUCAACAUCAAGCAGGAGAACGUGGAGACGGAGAUGAAACUGUCUGGGAAGCUUUAUCUGGUCGACCUGGCAGGCAGCGAGAAGGUCAGUAAAACUGGAGCUGAAGGUUCUGUGUUGGAUGAAGCGAAGAACAUCAACAAGUCUCUGUCUGCUCUUGGGAACGUCAUCGCAGCACUGAGUGAAGGAACGAAAACCCACGUCCCGUACCGAGACAGCAAGAUGACCAGGAUUCUGCAGGACUCUCUGGGAGGAAACUGUCGGACCACCAUCAUCAUCUGCUGCUCUCCGUCUGUUUACAACGAGGCUGAGAGCAAGUCCACCCUCAUGUUCGGUCAGAGAGCUAAAACCAUAAAGAACACAGUUUCUGUCAACCUUGAGCUGACUGCCGAGGAGUGGAAGAAAAAGUACGAGAAGGAGAAAGAAAAGAACAGAAGUCUGAGCAUCAUGAUCCAGAAACUGGAGAACGAGCUGAAGCGCUGGAGGAAAGGUGAGUCUGUACCUGUGGAGGAGCAGCUGAGCAACAGAAGCAAGAAGAUCAGCACCGAGGCGCCAGCGGUGAUCGAGAGCUUAGCCCCGCCCACCGUGCCUCUGUCCGAGGAGGAGAAGGGGCAGUACGAGACGCUCAUCACCAACCUCUACCAGCAGCUGGACGACAAGGACGAUGAGAUCAACCUGCACAGUCAGACGUCUGAGAAGCUCAAGCAGCAGCUGAUAGAGCAGGAUGAGCUGCUGCUGUCCAGGAGCCAGGACUACGAGCGUCUGCAGGAGGAGCUGAGCCGGCUGCAGAGGGACAGCGAUUCAGCCAAAGAGGAGGUGAAGGAGGUGCUGCAGGCGCUGGAGGAGCUGGCCGUCAACUAUGACCACAAGAGCCAGGAGGUGGAGAGCAAGACGCGCUGCAACGAGCAGCUGAACGAGGAGCUGGCUCACAAAACGGCGGGUCUGGAGGCCGUUCAGAGGGAGUUGUCCACCAUGCAGGAGCUCAGCACUCACCACAAGAAGAGAUCUGCAGAGAUCCUCAACCUGCUGAUCAGAGACCUCAGUGAGAUCGGCAGCGUCCUCGGAACCACAGAGCUCAAAGCUAUGGCUGAGAUGAGCGGCGUGAUGGAGGAGGAGUUCACCACGGCUCGUCUCUACAUCAGCAAGAUGAAGUCUGAGGUCAAGUCUCUGGUGAACCGCAGCAAGCAGCUGGAGGUCAGCCUGACGGAGAACACCGGCAAGAUGGAGGUCAAUGAGAAGGAGCUGAGCGCCUGCCAGCUGCUCGUCUCUCAGCUUCAGGCCAAGUUGGAAUCCCUGUCUGCCGACCUGCAGAGGAUGGAGCAGAAGAAGAGGCAGCUGGAGGAGAGUCAGGAUGCUCUGAUGGAGGAGGUUGCUAAGCUACACGCUCAGGGUCAGAUGCAUGAGCUGACGGUGAUGGACAAAGAGAAAGAACACAUGAGCAGAUUAAAGGAUGCUGUGGAGAUGAAGAGAACGUUGGAGGAACAGAUGGAGAACCACAGGGAGGUUCAUCAGAAGCAGCUGAGCCGACUCCGCGAUGAGAUCGAGCAGAAGCAGAGAGACAACGACCUGCUCAAAGAUGUGAAUCAGGCUCUGCAGCUGGAGAACAGAAAACUUCAGUCUGACUUUGACAAACUCAGAGCCGAGGACCAAAACAAGGAGCAAAGACUCCAGAAACUGCAGUUUCUGAAUGAGAAGAGAGAACAAGCCAAGGAGGAUCUGAAAGGCUUGGAGGAAACUGUGACCAAAGAGCUGCAGACUCUGACCAACCUUCGGAUCCAGUUCAUACAAGACAUCACGUCUCGAGUCAAGAACAGCUCAGAGAACGACAACGACGAGGCCGGCGGCAGUUUGGCUCAGAGGCAGAGGAUCAUCUUCUUAGAGAACAACCUGGAGCAGCUCAGCAAAGUCCACAAACAGCUGGUGCGGGAUAACGCAGACCUGCGCUGCGAGCUGCCCAAGCUGGACCGGCGGCUGCGGGCCACCGCAGAGCGAGUCAGAGUGCUGGAAACGGCCCUGAAGAACGCCAAGGAGUCGGCUCUGAGGGACCGCAAACGGUACCAGCAGGAGGUGGACCGGAUCAAAGAGGCCGUCCGGUCCAAGAACGUCUCCAGGAGGGGGCACUCUGCUCAGAUUGCCAAGCCAAUCAGAGCCGGGCACCAGUACCACCACUCGUCCUCCUCCCCAUCCAUUAAACCCACCGUCAGAGGAGGGGGCGUGGCCUCCAGUCCUCGCCAUCACUCCUCCCGACAUCAAGCAGCUCAACAGCAACAACAGCUUCAGUUCCCACAGUGAAACCACCAGGGACUCCAGGUAACAGCUGACUCUGGAUCAGUUUUUUUGUUUGUUUCUGAAGAUCUUUUCUCAACUCUCCUGUCGUCACCACUCUGCCUUUACAGGAAACACUCAUUUCCUCAACUUUCCUCUUUAACAGCCAAUAAUAUCUUGAUUUGUUUUCUUCUGUCAGAAAAACAAAGCUGUUUGUUUUACUUCCUGUGACUCUGAUCCAUUCAUUGAAUUCAAUUUGUCUUUCUGCAGUAUUAAAACCUGAACUUUAGAAGACAGUAGCCUGAGGCUUCUGCUGCUGUUUUUUCUUAAGUAUAACCCAAAUAAUGCACAUUGAUGCAUCAACGUGCUAUAUUAGAAGCAUCAUCUUUAAUCAUCUUUGAACUGUUAGACACUUUCCUGACAAAAUUGAGAAAACAGAGUAUUUUCACCUCA